UGCGAUUCCUCAAAGCUCGUUUAAUUUAUUUAUGUUCAGAUCACGCGAAGCAUUUAGAGAGAGAGAGAGAGUAAAGAGCGAGAGAAAUGGGGCGAUGCAGAGGCUCCAUCCUAGGGCUUCUGUUCUUGGGGCUUUGGGUGCCUCCGGUGUUGGGGCGAUUCGUGGUGGAGAAGAACAGCUUGAUGGUGACGUCGCCGCCCGACCUCAGGGGGAAGCAAGACAGCGCCAUCGGGAACUUCGGCAUUCCGCAGUACGGCGGGAGCUUGGCUGGCGCAGUGGUGUUUCCCAAGGAGAACGCCGGCGCCUGCCACGAGUUCUCGCGCUCCGAUCUCUUCAAGUCCAAGGCCGGGGGGCUUCCCAACUUUAUUCUAAUUGAUCGCGGAGAUUGUCUUUUUGCCAAAAAGGUUUGGCAUGCGCAAAAUGCUGGUGCGUCUGCUGUGCUUGUUGUUGAUGACAAAGAUGAACCUUUGAUAACCAUGGAUUUGCCUCGUGAAGAUGAUGAAGCUGCUAAAUAUAUUCAGAACAUUACAAUCCCCUCUGCUCUUAUUGAUAAAAAUUUUGGUGAACAGUUAAAGAAGGCUGUCCGAAGUGGUGAAAUGGUCAUUGUGAACCUUGAUUGGAGAGAGGCUGUUCCCCACCCUGAUGAUCGUGUGGAAUAUGAAUUAUGGACUAAUAGCAAUGACGAGUGUGGUGCUAAAUGUGACGUGUUAAUGGGAUUCUUGAAAGAAUUCAAGGGUUCAGCUCAGUUGCUUGAGAAAGGUGGCUACAGCCAAUUUACACCUCAUUACAUUACCUGGUACUGCCCUCAGGCUUUUAUUGCCAGCAAACAGUGCAAGUCACAAUGCAUCAACAAUGGGAGGUAUUGUGCACCUGAUCCCGAGCAAGAUUUUAGCAUUGGUUAUGAUGGAAAGGAUGUAGUCAUUGAGAACUUGAGACAACUUUGUGUAUUUAGAGUUGUAAAUGAAAGUAAAAGGUCCUGGAUUUGGUGGGAUUAUGUAACUGAUUUUCAUAUAAGGUGCCCAAUGAAAGAGAAGAAGUACAACAAGGAGUGUGCAGAAACUGUUAUGAAGUCUCUGGGGAUAGAUGUUAGGAAGGUUGAACAGUGUAUGGGAGAUCCAAAUGCAGAUCGAGAUAAUCCAAUCUUGAAGAUGGAGCAGGAUUCUCAGGUAGGAACAGGUUCUAGGGGGGAUGUUACUAUAUUACCUACACUUAUUGUUAACAACCGACAAUAUCGAGGAAAAUUGGAGAAAAAGGCUGUAUUGAAAGCAAUCUGUGCUGGUUUUGAAGAAACUACUGAGCCAGCUGCUUGUUUGAAUGAUGAUAUAGAAACAAAUGAAUGUCUGAAUGAUAAUGGUGGGUGCUGGGAAGACAAAGCAUCCAAUAUUACUGCCUGCAAGGAUACAUUCCGUGGCAGGGUCUGUGAGUGCCCUGUAUUCAAUGGUGUGCAAUUCAAGGGUGAUGGUUACAACAAUUGCGAAGCAAUUGGGCCUGGAAAGUGCAGACUAAACAAUGGCGGCUGUUGGCAUGGAACUCGUGAUGGCAAGACAUUUUCUGCAUGUCAGGAAUCUGUUGAUAUUAAAUGUCAAUGCCCACCUGGAUUUGAUGGUGAUGGUGUGAAAGCAUGUGAAAACAUUGACGAAUGCAAGAGGCGUACAGCUUGUCAAUGCCCUGAGUGCAGCUGCAAGGAUACCUGGGGAAGUUAUGAAUGCACCUGCAGGGGAGACCUUUUAUACAUAAGAGAGCAUGAUACUUGCAUAAGUAAGAGAGCCAGUGACACGAAAGCUACAUGGGCUGCUGUUUGGGUGCUUCUGAUAGUAUUGGCUGUUGUUGCUCUUGGAGCAUAUGCUAUAUACAAGUACAGAUUAAGGUCGUACAUGGACUCAGAGAUCAGGGCUAUCAUGGCACAGUACAUGCCUUUGGACAACCAAGGAGAGGUUCCCAGCCAUUCUCAAGAAGAUUCACAUGAAAAUCAUGCGUGAAUUUUUUUUUUUUUUUUUUGCCUUUUACAUUUAGUACCACUCAUAUUCAAGUUUUCCCCUAUUCAACUUAGCCCCAAUAUGAAAAACGGAUAAAUUUCACGGUGGUGAAAUAAGGGGUGCUCUAAAGAGAGAUGAAGUCCAAGUCGACAAUAUGUUGCUAUCACAGGAAGGCCAUGAAGAUCUGUAAAUAACACUGGUGGUGUAAUUUAAUUGUACAUGUAUGAAUUUCUUAGGUGGAUUCAGUGACAGUUACUCCUACAGUUUGGAUAAAUCUGCUCCUGCUUUAUGCACGCGGAAACCUAGCUAGGUCUGAGUAUGAGAAUUUGUGUGAAUUGAGUGUCAAUGUUUAAAACGAAGUCAUAUUCAUCAAGACAGUCAACAACUACCUUGUGUGAGGCAACACUUUGUGCAAACCUUUCCAGUUUAUUAUUUAAUUUGUCGCAUGGUAAUGUCAUGGACGAAACAGUAGCUUUAUCAUUCAA